CCUACUUCUCUACCUUUGUCUCCCUCUCUUCUCCAAUAAAGAUCUAUCAAUCCACGAUCCAUUGUUCCAAACAUCUUCAUACCAAACCACCAAGAGUCUACAAAUCAACCAAAAUGCCUUUCACCGCUUCCGAUAUCUGCAAGAUUAUCUUGGCCGUCCUUCUGCCACCUCUAGGAGUGUUCCUUGAGCGCGGAUGCGGAGCUGAUUUUUUGAUCAACAUUCUGUUGACAUGUCUUGGUGUAAGUUAUCGCGAUGUCUGUCUUCAUUGCGCAAAUACUAAUCCCGUUUACAGUACAUUCCCGGUAUCGUUCACGCGCUUUACAUUAUUCUGAAGUAUUGAUCAAAUCGUAAGUACCUCGAUCCCUGGUUUGGCAGCUACGCCACAGUCCGGGGAAUCCCUGACCUCAUAUCAACAUGAGGCUAACACAACAUCAACAGAAUGCUGUCAGAACCUUGAAAGUCAAUGAACAAUAUCUUGACAGAUCGGCUCUUCAAUCCUCACUUUUCAUGAUUAAUGACCGACAAGAUCCGACACCCAUACCUCUUGUCCACCUCACGAACUCUCCGGCUUUAGCGCCUGCAUCGUCAUCCCACCUCUCCUCUUUCUGUAACUUGGCACGGAUAUUCCGGAUCCAAUGAUAUCCGUAAAACUGCCGCCGAGCAUAGUUGUCCCAACCACAAAUGGAAUAUAGAUCGAGAUUGGAGGAAACGAGCAGGGGUUUUAAUUUUUCUCUUACGAUUGAUGCAUACUGGGGGGAACGAUUUCUGCGU